AUGAACUGGUGUAAUUUGAUUUUACUAGCUCUCUUUAUUACAAAUAUUACAAGUUAUUCAGAGAUUGUUGAAGCUCAAGCAUGCAUACCUGGUGGCGAAAUCAAUGGUAUAACACCACCACCAGGUGGAUGUAACAAAGAGAACUAUUCCGGCUGUUGUGAACAAGGAGAAACUUAUCCAACGUACACAUGUUCACCUCCUGUUGGUCAAGCCGUCUUGUCUCUCAAUAGCUUUGAGAAAGAUGGAGAUGGUGGUGGUCCGUCCAGAUGUGAUAACAAUUAUCACUCUGACGAUACUCCGGUGGUAGCAUUAUCGACAGGAUGGUUUGACGGUGGACAGCGGUGUAUGAAGAACAUAGCUAUAACAGGUAAUGGACGCACAGUUCUUGCUAUGGUCGUUGAUGAGUGUGACUCAACUAUGGGUUGCGAUGAUGAACAUGAUUAUCAACCACCGUUCUCCGAUAACAUUGUUGAUGCUUCAAAGGCAGUGUGGAAAGCAUUGGGUGUUUCGGAAGACAACUGGGGCCAGUUGGAUAUUGUCUGGUCUGAUAACUGUGACCCUAGUGGCCAAGUCGUGGGUACACAACCACCGCCAGGUAAAUGCAACCAGGAGAACAACUUCCAGUGCUGCAAAGAAGGAAAAGUCUACCAAACAUUCACAUGUUCACCUCAUCCUGCUCAUCCAGCCGUCUUGACUCUCAAUGGCUUCGCGCAAGGUGAAGAUGGUGGUGGUGCAUCAGAAUGUGACAGUCAAUUUCACGACAAUAAUACUCCAAUUGUAGCACCAUCGACAGGAUGGUUCAAAUUCAGAAAUAAGAAAAGGUGUAUGAAUAACAUAGCCAUAACAGGUAAUGGACGGGUAGUUACUGCCAUGGUUGUAGAUGAAUGUGACUCGACAAGGGGUUGUGACGAAGAACAUGAUUAUCAACCACCAUGCCACAACAAUAUAGUUGAUGCUUCAAAAGCAGUAUGGAGAGCCUUGGGUGUUCCAGAAGAAAAAUGGGGACACUUGCAUGUCACCUGGGUUGAUGCUUAAAUAUGUUGCAGCAAUUGUGUAUCCUCAAUGAAUAUGUAAGAUGUAUGGAAACUGUUUUAUGUUUGGUAAGGUUUUCCCUAAAACUAAUGAUGCAUUGUAUGCUAAGUCUAAGAUGUUGGUGGUAGCACACCCUAAUAAAUAAUUCUUCGGACUUUUAUGUAUGAAGUAAAUUG